AUGCCACGUGUAUUUCAUUUACCGCCGUUGCAACGGGAAUCUGACAUGAGCAGUGAAGGCUACUCCAACCAGCAGCAAGACAAAGCAGAUAUCUAUCGACCUGCAGAUCGUCAGAAUACUUUUGUGUCGUCUGAUCCGCAGCAAGAUCAGUUGCCUGUUGAUUGUAUUCUCGUCUAUACGAUUGAUGACGAUGAUCACGAAAAUGAGAGUAAUCAUAAACUCAAAAAACCGUACACGGCUCUUGAAGAUCGAAGGAAAAAGUUUGAACAUUAUCUAAAAAAAGAACAAGGUCUUAUCCUUCAGGAUUAUAAAUCGCCAUCGAGCCGAGUGGGCUAUGUCAAAGUUAGCACACCGUUUGAAGUUCUUCUAUCGACGGCUGAGAAAAUGCGAAUGCGAUUACCGAUUGCAAGAAUCGAAAAACGUGAAACUAUGCUGUUACAAUCGAAUACUUCUUGGUGGAAACGGUUGAAAGACAAACUAUCUAAACCGUUCCUCCUCGAUCCAGCAUUGACGGAGGACGAUUUGGAUUAUUAUACAGCUAUUUAUUCGAGGAAUAUUCUGAAAUUCAAAGAUCUACAGGAGGAAUUCGAAGAGUUAGGAAAAGCUUAUUUCACGCCGGCAGAAAGGAGUUUAUUAACACACGAAUUAUUAUCCAGAACUCAUUCUGUGGAUAACUACGAUGAUGAUCGCCCGAGUGAUCCGCACAAUUUAGAUCAAUCGGCAAAUGAUCCAAAAUUAGGUGCGAACGCCAUCGUUGGAUCACAGAAAAGUCGCCAUCAGCCAGUGACGAAAAAAGUAUACGAUGGAUACUUUCCUUUACAUGAGUCACUCCAUAAUUAUGAUGCUCUUCCGGAUAAAGAUUUAAAUGAUCGACAGAAACUACAAAGACAUUGGGCAACCAUGCGAAAAUGUUUCAAAUUUCAGCCAUUUGCUUUGAUACGUUCGUACAUGGGCGAAAAAGUUGCAUUUUACUUUGCAAUGACAGGAUUCUAUAAUCAAAUGUUAAUUGCUCCGGCAAUUGUCGGUUUGAUUAUCUUUAUCUAUGGCGCAGCGAGUGUUAUGUCAGAUGAAUCAACAUCUGAUAUAUGUGGAGAUUUCGGAUCCAAUACGUACAUGUGUCCGCGAUGUGAUAAAGUCUGUCCAUUUUGGAAACUAAGUGAUAGCUGCGUGUAUUCGAAGAUUUCCUAUGUGUUCGAUAAUGCGGCAACCAUUGUUUUCGGUAUAUUUAUGUCAUUAUGGGCGCGGUUGUUUGUACAAUUUUGGGGUCGACGUCAAGCAGCUUUUCAAUACGAAUGGGAUUCCAUAGAUUUUGAGGCACACUUAGAACCCAUUCGACCGGAAUACGAACGUCAAGCGGCAUUAAUGAAAGAAACACGUGAAGAUCCUGUUACUGGAAUCAAAGAACCAAACAUACCAAUUAAACGACGGAUACCAUACUUUAUCCUUUCUGUAUUUGUUGUCAUAAUUACUAUAUUGAUCGUGUGUGGCACUAUCUUUGGUACAAUAGUCUACCGGGUUCAAAUGGAUUAUAUAUUGAGGGAUACAUCGGCGAAAACUUAUUCUUCGAUUAUUAUCACAGUAACAGGCGCAGUAAUCAAUUUAAUCUGUUCAUUAAUCUUGUCUCAAUUGUAUUAUUGGCUUGCCGGAAAGAUAACGGAUCUCGAAUUGCAUAAACAUCAGUCGAAAUAUGAUGAUUCGUUGAUUAUCAAAAUUUAUCUUUUUCAAUUUAUGAAUUUCUACGGAUCAAUAUUUUACAUCGCGUUUUUCAAAGGAAGAUUUCUGGAGUAUCCAUCAAAAUACGGUGAACCUAGACCCGAUGAUUUUACUGAACAGUGCGACCCAGCCGGGUGUUUAGUUGAACUUUCAAUCCAGUUAGUGAUCAUUAUGAUUGGUAAACAAAUCAUCAACAAUAUUGUCGAAUUUUUUACCGCAAUGCGUCGUACAUGUAUGCGUGUAUGUUACAAGGAAGGAAAACAUACUCAAUAUCAAUGGGAAGAAGACAAUACUUUGUACGAUUUCAACUCUACUGUUCUAAUCGAUGAAUACCUUGAAUUAGUAAUUCAGUUUGGUUUCGUUACAUUAUUCGUUGUUGCUUUUCCAUUAGCACCACUAUUUGCAUUGAUAAACAACCUAGUUGAACUACGUUUGGACGCAUGGAAAUUCCUCUCGAAGUAUAAACGACCCAUUCCAUUCAAAGCAUCGGACAUUGGUAUUUGGAGUUCAAUCUUUUCUGCAGUCUCAUACUUAGCUGUUCUAACUAAUGCUAUAAUCAUCGCUUGGACAUCAGAAUUUAUUCCCAAAAUGGCCUAUCGUGUUUUGCAGUCGAAAGGAACCAGUCUAGACGGUUAUGUCAAUUGGACACUAUCGUCAUUCUCAAUUCAAGAUUACAAUAACACCGGUCAAAUGCCACCGAAUACUUUCAAUUUGACAUACUGUCGAUAUCGAGAUUUUCGUGAAUCGACUUCACCUUAUUCUCAAACGACAGUCUACUGGAAUGUUCUCGCUGCUCGUUUAGCAUUUAUCAUUGUCUUUGAGCACUUGGUUUUCUUUAUCAUUUAUUUGAUGUAUUGGCUUGUGCCAAGUGUACCUAAAACGAUUCAGAACAAGAUCGACCGUGAACGUUACAUCGAUCAACGCGAACGAUGGGCAAGUAAAGAAAGGGAUGAUACUUUCAAAGAUGUUGCAAUGGCUGCACAAGCCGCCGGCAAACUGAAUCACAUAAUCAACAAUGACCAUAACGAUACCACUGAAUUAAUCCGGAGACCCAACGGAAGAUACGUAGCACGAAAACCGAAGGGUAUACUAAAUAUGAGCACACGAAUAACUCCUGAAAAUGAAUCAUAG